AUGAACCUCACUUUUUUCGCUUUUUCGAUCAUCAAUUUCGUUAGCGCAAAUCCGCUCAAUUUACAACAAAGAUCGGCCGACGAGUACAACGAGUUUUUGGACGGAAUGAUGUUCGUCGGAAAGAGAUCUCCAUCACCAGGCUUCUGGGACGACUCAAAGAUGGCGAAUCUCAUUAAUGGCAACAACCUUUUUGGCGCUUUAUAA